UCUCCAUCCAGCAGGUGUCGCUGUAGCAGCGCGUCUUCUCUGUUUGCCGCCGCUUUAAUUUCCCGCAGAGAAGAAGAAAGAGGACGAAGAUGAAGCGGAAACAAAGAGGUUUCUGCGGAUUUUGGUAAAAAUGAAAAACCAGUGAAAUGAAAAGCGGAGUUCUGAUGAGACCUGAACCGGGGGACCGAUUCUUCUUCUGUGUGUGAACCAGAACCGGCUUCAUCAUGUCUGAGGAGGCGGCAGGAGCAGAGCGAGGCCCCGAGGAGGAAGAGGAGGGAGGAGGAGAGGGAGGUGAAGACGAGGGUGAAGAGGGAGGAGGAGAGGUUGCCGUGGGAAUCCCCAACGCUCCCGUGUACUGUAUCUGCAGGAAACCGGACAUCAACUGUUUCAUGAUAGGGUGUGACAGCUGUACCGAGUGGUUUCACGGAGGCUGUAUUGGAGUUUCGGAGAAAGCAGCUAAAGCCAUCAGAGUCUGGUACUGUCCGUCCUGCAGAGGCAGAGACUCGUCCCUGGAAAUUAAAUACCGUCCGAAGAAGACCAAGGAGAAGGAGGACAAAGAGUCAGAGACAGAGAGAGACGACAAACCUGAAGGAGACGGAAGCUCCACACCCCAGCCCAAGACUGACAGGAGGCGGGGCUCACAGAUCAAGCGCUCAGCCAGGAUGUGUGGAGAGUGUGACGCCUGUCUGAGGACGGAGGACUGCGCUCAAUGCGACUUCUGCAAAGACAUGAAGAAGUUUGGAGGUCCAAACAAAAUCAGGCAGAAGUGUCGACUCAGGCAGUGUGAGGUCCGAGCCCGGAAGAUGCUUCGCGUCAGAGACGAGGAGAUGAGUCGGAGCGGCGGCAGGGGGCGGGGCCUACCGCGGAAGGGGCCGGGGCAUCCGAUGGAGGAAGAGGAGGAGGACGAGGAGGACGAGGAGGAGGGGUUCAGCGAGAGCGAGCUGGAGCUGUACGAGCAGUACAAAGCUGCCGGAUACAGAGACCUGGUGUGGCACAGCGAGGAAGAAGACGCUCAGUCGGACUCUCUGAGGAAGAAGGCGGUGAAGGUGAAACACGUGAAGAGACGAGAGAAGAAGACAGAGAAGAAGAAGUCCGUGUCCGCUCCCAAAGAGGAGGCGAAGCCUCGGCGGCACAAAGCCAAGCAGCGCCACAGGGAACGAGUGCGGCACAGCGAGCGAGCGGGAGAGGGCGGGGUCAAAGAGGCGGGCGGGGCUCUGAGGCAGUGUCUGGGACCUGGAUGCGUCGAACCGGCGAGGACCAACUCCAAAUACUGCUCCGAGGACUGCGGGAUGAAGCUCGCCGCCAAUCGCAUCUACGAGAUCCUGCCUCAGAGGAUCCAGCAGUGGCAGCAGAGUCCGUGCGUCGCAGAGGAGAUGGGGCGGAGGCAGCUGGAGCGAAUCAGGAGGGAGCAGCAGGCGGCGAGGCUCCGCCUCACGCUGAUGGAGAAACGUUUUCACGAGCUGGAAGGCAUCAUCGCCAACGCCAAACUGCAGCAGGUCCAACACCACGAGGAGGUGACUGAGGGUGAUGGUGAUGACACAGACCUUCAGAUCUUCUGUGUUUCCUGCAGUCACCCCAUCAACCCGAAGGUGGCGCUGAGACACAUGGAGAGAUGCUACGCUAAGUAUGAGAGUCAGACAUCGUUUGGGUCCAUGUACCCAACACGUAUAGAGGGCGCCACCAGGUUGUUCUGCGAUGUGUAUAACCCUCAGAGUAAGACGUACUGUAAGCGGCUGCAGGUUUUAUGUCCUGAACACUCCAGAGAUCCAAAGGUCCCAGCAGACGAGGUUUGCGGUUGUCCUCUGGUUAAAGACGUCUUUGAGCCGACCGGAGAGUUCUGUCGCGUUUCUAAGAGGAAGUGUAACAAACACUACUGCUGGGAGAAACUCCGCCGAGCCGAGGUCGACCUCGAAAGAGUCCGAGUGUGGUAUAAACUGGACGAGCUGUUCGAGCAGGAGAGGAAUCUGAGGACGGCCAUGACCAAUCGAGCCGGUUUAUUGGCUCUGAUGCUGCACCAGACCAUCCAACACGACCCAAUCACCACUGACCUGCGCUCCGCCAAGGACAGGUAGACAGUCAGAAGGUUUAGAGAGAAAGAUAGACAGGUAGAGAGAAGAGGUCUAUCCGCACUUCCCUGGAUGGAUUUAAAGUAUUGUCUGUUAUAAAUGUGUGUGUGAAUAUUUCAGUCUGAGAUCGCAAACCAACGAAAUGCAUUGUGGGAAGCAGAGGCACAUUACAUUCACCAAAAAUAAUGGACAACGUGUCUCAUAAUUACGACUUCAUAUCUUAUAAGUGUAAUUUGCAGAUCUUUCUCUCAAGGGAUCGUCAUCUCUGUGACUUUCAGGUAAGGAUUUAAUAUUAAAGAUGAGCGAGAUGGAUUUUAGAAUCAUAAAAUUAAGAUCAGAAAAAUGUUCCUGUUAAAAGAAGGUUUUGUCGUGAAUGCGAGACACUUCCCGUUUAGAAGAUACGAAUCAGAUAUGAACCUUUUAAUUAUAAGACAAGGAUCUUAUGUCUAAUGAGAUGUUAUUUUCCUAAAUAUGAGACAAAGAUGUUGUAAUUAUUAAAUAAUUGUACUGUAACUAUGAGGAGAAUGAAAUUGUAAUUGUGAAAUAGUUUUAUCACAAGUACGAAAUGGUUUUCCUGUUAGAAAUAUUUUGUAAUUAUAAGAGUUUUCUCGUAACUGCGACUUACAGAUCUCAUCAUUCUGAGAUGUGAAUUUUCUAAAUGAGAUAUAUUUCUUGUAAUUACAAAAUAAGGAUUUCAUUAUCACGAGAUAACUUUGUCGUAAUUAUGAGGUAAAGAUCUCAUGAGACACGGGAGACACAGAAGCCAUAAUUAUGAGAUAAUGUUUUUCUUUGGUGACUGUAAUGAUCUUCCUCAGCAGAGUGUUUCCAUGCUCACUAAUCCUCUGAAUCUGAUCUGACAGCAGCUCAGGUGUGAGUCAGGGUCCGUAAACCUGAAGCAUCAGACUCCCGAAGUAGACGCAACAUUAUAGUCAACGUUUGGAUUCUUAAAAUCAGAUCUUAUGAUAAAUAACUUGGAUAACAAACAGUAUUAAGACUCAGCAGUGAGGUCUCCUGCAGAGUUCAGACCUCAGAUCACUGAUCUCUGAGAAACACUACACUACCCACAGUCCUCUGCAAAGGAGCCGACUGAUAUAGUACAAUAUAGUACACUAUGACUGAGUUUCUGCAGGUGAGCUGACGUCAGAGUUUCACUAAAAGCCAACGUGAAGGUUUGUGAUUCGUGGUCAGUCGUCCCGCAGAGACGGACAAAAUAACAGGAACGCGACAUGCAGCUAAAACUUUAACAUGUUCUGGUUUUAUCGCACUUUGUUUUUAUCUCUCUGCAUCAUUUUAUAUCUCAGUGUUUUUAUACUUUGUAUUAUUUCAUCAUGUUGUUUUCUACCGUUUCUUCAUGU